AUGAUAGAUAUAGAAGAGGUAGUGGAAAAGGAGACACCACAAGUCAUAGUUGAGGAUGAAACUCAACCAACAAAAGAGACCCCCAAGACCAAGAGAACCUUGGAAGAAGAAAUUGCUCAACCACUCCCAUUUCCAACACUUGCAAAGAAAGCUAGGAAGCGCAUAGAACUCGACCCCAAAAUGGUAGAAAUGUUCAAGAAAGUUGAGUUAACCAUCCCCCUCUUUGAUGCUAUCCAUCAAGUUCCUAGAUAUUCAAAAUUCCUUAAAGACCUAUGCAUGAACAAGGAUAGAAUUCUUGAAUUGGAAACCAUCCCAUUGGGGAGUUCUAUUUCCGCUUUAAUGGGAGCAUUGCCCGAGAAGUGUGAUGAUCCGGGCCCUUGUAUGGUCACUUGCACCGUCAAUGGAGUUCAAUUCGUAGAUUUUAUGUGUGACCUCGGAGCAUGUGUUAGCAUCAUGCCUCUCUCCGUCUACCAGGUAUUGAAGUUACCACCACUAAAAAGGUCGACGGCGAGAUUUGUCCUAGCAGAUAAAAGCAUAAUAACCGUGACGGGUGUUGCGGAAGAUGUAUUGGUGAAUAUCAAAGGGUUGGUAUUUCCGAUUGACUUCUAUGUCCUUGAAAUGCCAUCAAGUGAAACCGAGAGAGCAUCAUCCAUCCUACUUGGAAGACCAUUUUUGAGAACCUCUAGAUUUAAGCUACAUGCUUACUCGGGAACAUACUCAUUUGAGAUAGAUGUGAGAGUCGUAAGUUUUAGCCUAGAAGAAGCAAUGAAGCAUCCACCGGAAAAUCACUCUCUAUUCCGGUGUGACCCAAUUGACAACAUUGUUGCCGAAGUGCACCUUGCAAAGUUAGAUGAGAAGUACAUGAUUGAAGAGGCAAAUGAAGCUCCAAGCAAAUUAAACACCACACACCAUACAAACCAUCCGGAAACUCAAACAUCAAAUCAUGACAAAAAGAUGGAAUUGAAGCCACUACCCCCCCCCCCCCCUAAGGUACUCAUAUCUUGA